CGUUGCAGUAUAUCACACCACAGACAACAGAAGCAGCACAUUCCGUUCGGUGACUAAGAUCCGCAUUGAGUCGGUGAUUGAGAGACGAGUUGAUGAUUCGGUAAAUGAUGUUUCCGUGAAUGGAGGCCGGGUCGAUUCGGUGGUGUCAAGCUGCGACUUGUUUUCGGGGAAAUGGGUAUAUGAAAAUAAGUUCUACCCGUUGUAUAAAGAUAGAGAAUGUGGGUUCAUGUUUGAUGAUUUGGCUUGUGAAAAGUACGGAAGGAAGGAUUUGGAAUACCAGCGUUGGAGGUGGCAGCCCCAUGGUUGUGAUCUCCCAAGGUUUGAUGCAAAAUCAUUUCUGGAGAGACUAAGGGGGAAAAGGUUAGUGUUCGUUGGGGAUUCGGUGAACAGAAAUCAAUGGGUCUCGAUGGUGUGUUUGGUCGAAUCGUCAAUUCCUAAAGCACUCAAAUACAUGCGGUUGAAAGGCUCCUUGUACACCUUCAAGGCCACUGAAUACAAUGCUUCAAUUGACUUCUAUUGGGCACCAAUGCUAGUGGAAUCCAACAAUGAUAAUUCAUCCCACCACGCAUCAUCCAAUCGGAUUGUCAAAAUUGGAGCCAUUCAAAAGCAUGCUACACAAUGGGGUGAUGCUGAUGUUCUUGUUUUUAACUCCUAUCUAUGGUGGAUUAUCCCUAAGUUGAAGGUCUUGAAAGGAUCAUUUGAAGACCCUUAUCCAGUCUACAAAGAAGUAAAGAUGUUGCAAUGCUAUAAGAUGGCUUUAAAGACGUGGUCAGCGUGGUUGGAAACCCAUGUUAAUCGUACCAAGACGCAAUUGUUUUUCGUUAGCAAUUCAGCCACUCACAGCAGGGCUGACGAAUGGGGAGUGCCUAAAGAUCAGAACUGCUUCAAUGAAACAAAGCCAAUUUCGAAAGAGGAAUACUGGGGGAGUGGAUCGGACACCAAAAUGAUGCAAAUAGCAGAAGCAGAAAUUAGCAAAUUGAAAAGCAGAGGGUUAAAAAUACAAAUGCUCAAUAUAACCCAACUCUCUGAGUAUAGGAAAGAUGGGCAUCCCUCCAUAUACAGGAAGCAAUGGCGCCCUUUAAGUAAAGAGAAGUUGUCAGACCCCAGAAAUUAUGCAGAUUGCACUCAUUGGUGCCUUCCUGGUGUGCCAGAUGUCUGGAAUGAGCUUCUCUUUACAUACAUUAUUCAUCAUUGAAGACAUUAUUUUCUUUUCAUUUCUUUUAGUAAUUUUUUUGCACUCUCUUUCAUAUUCUGCACUCUUUUAAUAU